AGGGAGAAGGCAGCUGCUGGAAGCAGGAUCAUUCACCAUCAUUCACCUCCUUCUCAUGGAGGAGAACAGCACAACAAACCUCACCCUGAACAAUACAUUUUAUGGAUCUCUGGAUUGGGAGGAAUAUGUCCCAGAUCAAUGCUCCAGCAUUCCCUACAGCCUGAUUGCCUUUGCAGGGGUGUGCCUGGGGAUUUCCCUCUGUGGGCUGGCGGGGAAUGGGGUGGUCUUGUGGUUCCUGGGCUUCCACACAAAGCAGAGCCCUUUUACUGUCUACAUCCUAAAUCUGGCUGUUGCUGACUUCUCCCUGCUCCUCCUGUUUCUCCUGCUUCUGUUGGCUUUUCUGUCCGUAGCAGCAUUUUGCACAUCCUUGCUUCCUUUUAUUCAUCACUAUCAGCAUUUUGUGUUUGCCCUUGGGUUCCCGUGCCACGUGUUUGACCUGAGCAGCCUGGGGCUGCUGGCAGCCCUCAGCGUGGAGCGCUGCGUCUCCGUCCUCUGCCCCAUCUGGUACCGCUGCCACCGCCCCCGGCACCUCUCGGCCGUCGUCAGCGGGGCCCUCUGGGCCCUUGCCGGGGUUUUUGUUUCCUCCCUCUACCUCACCUCCACCUACACUGAGGACUCUGAGACCGUCCUUGCAGGUGUAGCCCUCGCCAUUUCCAUGGUUUUUUCCCUCAUGAUGUUGGUUUCCAACCUGUUCCUGUUCCUCAAGCUGCGCUGUGGCUCCCGGAGGCGGCAGCCAGGGAAGCUCUUUGUGGCCAUCCUGCUCAACGUCCUGCUGUUCUUUGCCUUUGGCAUCCCUUUCUGCGUGGAGGUUUUCCUCAAUCUCCCUGAUUCCGGUGGUUUAUUCCCAGAAGACCCCUCUUUGUUCCUGGCACUGCUGAACUGCUCCCUCAACCCGGUGAUUUACGUGCUGGUGGGGAGCUGCCGGCGGCGCCGCUUCCAGCGCUCCGUCGGAGUCGCUCUGCGGACAGUGUUUGAGGAGAAAGCCGGGAGUGACGAGCGGAGCCACGGCCCUGGGGACACUGUGGUGGAGGUGACAGCUCUGUGAGGCACUUCUGGACAUGGGGCACCCCAGAGAGCCUGAGGGGACAAGGAGACUCCAAGCAGCCUAGCCAGGCUUUGUCCAUUUCCCCAGCUGUGUUUAUUCAGCAUGGAACUGCCCUUGCUGACCCAUCUACAUGGAAUAAACUCUGCUGAUGAAGCAAAACCUGCAAAAAUCGGCGGGACAAGGGGUGUUGGCUUGGUGAUGGUGGAAUUUGGGGUUUAGGGGGGUAAGAGAUGGGUGAAAAUUACAAUUUGGGGAAAAUGGAGAGGAAAAAGAGAGAAAGGGAAAGAAAGGGGAAAGGUACAAAUGGAGAGAGAGAGAAAAA